AAACCAUGGUUCUGCAAUAUCAUAAGUAAAAUGCCUACAUGCAUUAGAAAAUAUUAUUGAACGAUUAUCUGUGACAAACUAUAACAGGAAUUCUGAAAUAACUGAAAAUUGUAUCAUAGCUCGGUGUUUUUUCUUAACAAAUUUGGUGUAGGUAAAUCGUAUACACUGACUACAGGGUGGGGUAACUAAAAGUGUGCAGGUAUUUAAUACCCGCACGCUAGUUACCGCACUGUUGGAUAGGAAAGUAUGCCAGCGUGUCUGGAACAGUAGACAGCGAAGUGUAUUUUAUUGAUUUUCUGCUCUAGCAUUGGUUUAUUUUACCUGGGCUUUACACAUUUGUAGUGCAAGGAUUUCAAGUACUCACUGAACUGCUGUAUAUGGCAGUGAGGAACGCCUACAACUACCAUAUAUGGAAGGCUAUGAUACAAAACAGAAAGAACAUUAAAACUCUCGGGUAAACGAUUUAUACUCGGGGGCUACGCCCCCUCGUACAAAUCAUUUACCCUUGAGUUUCAAUGCUCUUUCUAUUACAUAAGAUUCAAUUCGUUUUCAGCAAAUUUGACAAUGUAGACAAAAUUUGCAAAAAAAACUUAAUCUCAUUAAAGAUAGAAGUAAAAUGAUGUAAAUGUAAAACUUUCCGGUUAAUAUUUCAACAAUAUUCUAAACAGAUACGUGUACCUCUCGUAACUCGGACCAUUUUACCAAAACUGGAGACUGAGAAAGCAGAAAUGUUUUAGAUAGCGGGAUAAAUAGACACGUACAUUAUUUUCCUUUAAGUAAGUGGACCCCUUAUAUCAUAAUUGACAGUUUCUGUUAUUUACGAAUUUUCCGUACGUGAUUUCGGUAUUCUCCAUAAUAAUAUUCCGUAUUUACCGAAAAAUGCCGAAAUGCGUCGUCGCAUGGAAAUUGCCGAAUAUCAAUCAUUGCAAUAAAUGUCCGUGGCAUUGUUUCGCCAUAAGUUGAAAAGUGCAUUAAUAAAGUAUUAAGCAUACCUCAGGUGGUGAGUAUGUCAAUGACUUUGUAUACACCAAUAAAUUGCUGUACUUGACCGUGCACAGACGAACUAGUGAGAGUAUAAAACAUGUUUAGUAAAAUUAUUGUGGCAAUUUCAAUGUUAAGUACAGUUAAGAAAUUCUAAAUACGUGUAUUAAAACAUUUCCAGUCCUUAUUACGGGCAUUGUCGUGCAAAGUAAGUACAAAUGAUAGUUCUUGACUGUCCUUAACGUUUCCAGAAGUGGCUAAAGUGUCUCUAAAUUAGCCGUAUUGACCAAUAAAUUAGCCAUACUGACCACUGGUCAGAUCCUGUUAAUUGUAUACACCUGCUAACUGUCCCAUACUUAAUCACGAAUAUUUGAACAUGGUUUGGUAUAAAAGAUGGUCGAAUUAUUGUCAUUCUCGUCACACUUGUAAGAUCGACAAAUAUCCAAGAUGUUCGUACUUACUCUUCUGUUCGCAGUUGUAGGUGAGUUAUAUUUUAUAUUCCUUUUAUAUUUUAAGCUGUUCUUUUUACUACUUUGAAUUUGAUGUAUUUAUAUAUUAUGUCAUUAAGAAUUUUCGUUGUUGACCUAUGAAAACGUCUGUUUUAUACAUUUACAGAAAUGUAACAUCAGAUUAUAGUUUAUUAGAUUAAAUUUUGCAUUGUAAUAAUUCGACAUUUCGUUUCUUCUGUUCUUAUUCUUCUUUAUUGUUUUUUUAUAAACGUCGUUUUCUCGCAUCUAUCUGAAAAAAUAUACUUGUAAUAUAAUACAGUUUUGAGGCUUUUACAUUCGAAGCUAGCAGUCUCGAGAUUUUCUGAUUUUUUUUAUUUGUUCAUCAGUAAAACAUAUGAAAAACAUAAUUCUUAUUAUUAUGAUUCAGUGUGAUGCAAGCAGAUUUAUGUCUUUACAAGAACACUAGUAUUGUUUGUAGAAUAUAUAAAAACAGAUAUGUACCGCGUUACUUACACAAUAACAAUUUAACAAUUAUCACCUUAAAUGAUCGUGAUUUAUGAUUCAAUAACAUUUGUAUAUCUGUUUCAAAAACAAAAAGAUAUUGUAAUGUGGAUCUGGAGGCAUGUCCCAUAAACACAUAAAUAAAUAAUUGCUUUUCUGCUUUAAGCCGUUGUGGCCUCUGAUGAGGCAGGUUCUCGCACGCUAAGCAAGCCAAUGAGCGUGUCUAGAAUCAUUAAUGGGAUCGAAGCUACGCCCUACGAGUUCCCCCACCAGGCGGCGCUACUUUCAAUGGGACCAACAGGAGGGUCACACAUGUGCGGUGGAUCGGUGAUCGCACAGGAUUGGGUGCUUACAGCAGCCCAUUGUGUAGAAGGAAGAACUCCAUCAUCACUGGCAAUAGUGGUUGACCUUCACGAUUAUACUAACCCAGGGAACUACAUUUGGUUUGACAUUGAAGAUAUUAUCAUGCACAACAACUACAACCAAGGAUCUGGGGGAUUUCCGAAUGACGUUGCUCUUCUUAGGCUUAAACCCAAUGGACAAGACAUCACAAAGAACAUUAUCAAAAUAGCAAGCGGAACAAAUGACUAUGCAGGUCAAAUCUGCACCAUCAGUGGAUGGGGUGUAAAAGUUGAUGGGUCUGGUGCUUCAAAACUGAAGAAAGCUGACGUGUCUGUACUGAGCAAGAGCCAGUGUGUGAGCUACUGGGGAAGCAAAAACAUCCUAAAUCAACAUAUCUGUGUGAAAGGUUAUGAUACAGCCGAAGGAAGUGGAUCUUGCAAUGGUGACAGCGGCGGUCCUCUGGUCUGCGGAAAUGAACUAGUUGGUGUCACGUCAUGGGGAUUCUCCGGUUGCCAUGACGGCGGUGUGGUGACAUAUCCUAGUGUUUACGCUCGUGUCACGUCAUUUUAUGACUGGAUCAAUAGCAACUGUGGAAACUGCAACCUCUAAACAAUUUAUGUAAAUGUUGUUCUGUUAUAAAUAAAGGUAGAGGAAAAUUUACCUUUUUAUAGUUUCAAUUUCUUCGU